AUCUUACAUAUAUUUAGGCUACUAAAAGAUAUUUUAUUUGAAUAAUAAAAUAAUUUUCUCUCUCUUAAAUAAUCACUUCAAUUUUAAUCUUUUCGGCGGUAAAGGUAUAAAAAACUUCUAUUUUUAGUAUUUUGUUUUUUACCUUUUGUGAAGAAAAUGAAAAUGUCGCUAUCAGUAUCCAAACAAGUACGGCCACUUCUUCACAUUCCAGGGAGUGAUAACCAGCUCCUCCGCCACAAGGAGAAGGUGGUGGUGGUGAUGGGCGCCACCGGCACCGGAAAAUCCCGCCUCUCGAUCGACCUCGCCACCCGCUUUGCGGCGGAGGUAAUAAACUCCGACAAAAUGCAAGUCUACCAAGGGCUCGACAUCGCCACCAACAAAAUCACCGACGAGGAGCGGCGCGGCGUUCCCCACCACCUCCUCGGCGUCGUCGCCGAUCCCGAAACCGACUUCUCCGCCGGCAAUUUCCGCGCCGUGGCUUCCAUUUCUAUGAGAUCGAUACUCGGACGAGGUCAUCUUCCAAUAAUCGUUGGGGGUUCAAAUUCGUUCGUGGAAGCCCUAGUGGACAUGAAUUUUCAAUUGAGGUACGAUUGUUGCUUCCUCUGGGUGGAUGUUGGAAUGCCCGUGCUCCAUUCCUUCGUUUCGGAUCGGGUCGAUAAAAUGGUGGAGAGGGGAAUGAUCGACGAGGUUAGGGAUUUUUACCGGCCGAACGCCGACUACUCGAGGGGGAUUCGGAGAGCGAUCGGCGUCCCCGAGUUGGACGAGUUUUUCCGAGUCGAAUCGUUCUGCGACGACGAAACUCGGGCGAGGAUUCUGGCGGAGGCGAUCGAUUCGAUAAAAUCGAACACGAGCAGGCUUUCGCGCCGCCAGCUGGAGAAGAUUCACCGGCUGAGGAACAUCAAGGGGUGGAGGAUGCACCGCCUCGACGCGACUGAUGUGUUCAGGAAGCGCGGCGGAGAAGCGGAGGCGGCGUGGGAGAAUACGGUGGCGGGGCCCGGGGCGGCGCUGGUGAGUAGAUUUUUGUACGACAUGGAGCCGGCGCCGGCGGUGGUUUGCGGCGGUGUGGCGGCGGCGAUGAGAGGCGUUGGUCGUCCCUUGAUGGCGACGGCGACUCAUUAGGAUACAGAUACUGCCAGUUGUUUUUGAGGGUUGAGGGGAAUGUAAUACGAUUCUUGUGUACCAGUUUUGGGAAUAAAUGCAAUUUUGUCAUCGCAUUUAAAAAAAAUAUAUAAUAGUAUUAUAAAAUAUGCAUUAUUUUACCAGUUUACCCUUGU